UUCCACAAUUUUGACAGAUACGGGAAUAGAAUUUUUUUAUGCGAUGGGUUAGGCUGAUAAUUUUAUAGUUUUUCUAAAUAAAAAGAAAUGGUUCAGUUACUUUAUAUUAUUGCCAGUUUGCAUGUGCUACUGUGUCCAUUUACAAAAGUCGAGGAAAGCUUCAACAUCCAGGCUUCCCACGAUAUUUUAUACCAUCGGUUUAACCUAUCAGAGUACGAUCAUAAUGAGUUCCCGGGUGUUGUGCCGCGCACUUUCAUCGGACCGCUCGUGAUUUCGGUACUGUCGGCACCUGUUGUGGGAGUGUUGCACUUGUGUGGUAUAAAUAAAUUUUGGAUGCAAUAUGUUGUGAGGCUAACACUAGCGCUGUCCGUGAUAGCAGCAUGGAGUCGCCUGCGCAGUGCUCUGCAGAAGCAGUUUGGGCACACAUUCUCAUGGUGGUUCAGUGUGAUAAGCGUCACACAGUACCACUUCAUGUUCUAUAUGAGCCGUCCGUUACCUAACAUUUUAGCUUUACCCCUAGUUCUAUUAGCAAUGGAAGGAUGGUUAGUAGGAAGACACAAACAGUUUUUAAUAAUGUCUGGUGCCUCUAUUAUCAUAUUCCGCUCUGAACUGGCCAUGCUGUUCGGAUUGUACUUGAUUAUAGAUAUAUUUUUCAAGAAAAUUGAUCUUAAAUCGUAAGU